ACAUGGAGCGCAUGCGUGCAAGGGGGGGAGCAGGAGCGGAAACAAGUUUAAUAUCAACAAACUUGAGUUUUACAACUCAAGUGAAACUUCAGGGCGCUCGAACCCGACAGGCCCUAUCACGUUUCUCGUUUUCAGUUAAAAGUGGUCAUGGUAGCAGCCGGUGCACUAUGGGGGAAGCGUGUAUGUGCGCGUCGAUGAAGUGGUUCGUUCUCGUCCUCAAACUCGGUGGCUAGUGUGGCCAGUGGGACGAGCUAAGUUGGCUAACUCGUCUUCGUCCAGUGGACUGGCGUGAAGUCAUUUCGAUAUCCCUUCGCCCGGUCCGCCGACGAUGCUCCCGCAGCUGCUCCCACCUGUCAACUAGCUGGCUCCUCGCCUCCCCCCCCCCCCGCCCCGUUCCCCUCGAGUCGCCCGAAUGGCCCACUGCGGCCCCGCCGAGCCGAGCGCCAAGGCGAGGGCGCUGCGCCCGGACGGCAGCGCGCCAUCGCAGGGUGGCGUGGACCAGAGCAUGAAGCCCGUGCUGUUCGAGAUCUUCGGCGAGAUAUGGACCGUCCAGUCGCGCCUCGGCCAGGGGGUGUCGGCCUCCGUGUACCGGGUCAGCUCGGGCAGAGCCACCAGCGCCGCUGUCAAGGAGUUCCAGGCCGACACUCAGGGAGGCGACUACGGGUACCACAAGGAGAGGUCCGUGCUGGAGGACAUCCAGGGACAUAAAAACAUCGUGACGCUGUACGGGGUGUUCACCAACCACGGCUGUACGGGCGUUGCCACCCGCUGUCUCCUGCUGGAGCUCUUGGAUGUCAGCGUGUCCGAGCUGUUGGUGCGAGGCACCGGCGUUUCUCAGGGUGGCAGACCCCAGCAGGGCCACUCCAUGUGGCUUGUUCAGCAUUGUGCCAGAGACAUCCUCGAGGCCCUCGCCUUCCUUCACAAGGAAGGCUACGUCCACGCCGACCUCAAGCCACGCAACAUCCUGUGGAGCGCUGACGACGAGUGCUUCAAGCUCAUCGACUUUGGUCUCAGCUUUAAAGAGGGGAACCAGGAUGUCAAGUACAUCCAGACGGACGGGUAUCGUGCUCCGGAGGCCGAGAUCCAGAACAGCCUUGCUCGAGCCGGGGUGGAGGUGGAGGGAGACUUGGGCUGCACGGCCGCUGUGGACCUCUGGAGCCUGGGCAUCAUCCUGCUGGAGAUGUUCUCUGGAAUGAAGCUCAAAGAUACCGUCCGCUCGCAGGAGUGGAAGGAUAACAGCGCUGCCAUUGUUGACCAUAUCUUUGCCAGCAACAGCCUGGCGUGCCCCGCCAUCCCUGUCUAUCACCUCCGAGACCUUAUCAAAAGCAUGCUGCUCACCGACCCAAAGCAAAGAAGCACAGCUGAAACUGCCCUCCUGAGCCCGUUCUUCAGUAUUCCCUUCGCUCCUCACAUAGAGGAUCUGGUUCUGCUGCCCUCUCCUGUUCUGCGUCUGCUCAACCUGAUUGACGACAGUCAUCUGCACAAUGAAGAAGAGUAUGAAGACAUCCUGGAGGACAUGAAAGAGGAGUGCCAGAAGUACGGCUCAGUGGUUUCUCUGCUCAUCCCCAAGGAGAACCCAGGGAAAGGACAGGUUUUUGUGGAGUAUGCCAACUCCAGUGACUCCAAAGAGGCCCAGAGGUUGCUCACAGGCCGCACCUUCGACGGGAAGUUUGUUGUGGCCACCUUUUACCCUCUCAGCGCGUACAAAAGAGGUUACUUGUACCAAACUGUGCAGUGAAGUCCUCAAGCUCAAUUUACACCUAGCAUGAAACAAACCACCUGCAUAGGGCACGACAAAGGAGAGAGAGAGUUGUUUUCUCCCUAUGAAAAUAACAAAGACCACCCAAGUUACGAGUGGCCGCCCUGCAAUGCAUUCAGCCAUUAAUGAUUGUAGUUUAAAGUUCUGCAUGUUAGCCAUGUGGUUUUUUCUACCUAAAAUCGGUUUCAUGCCGAGUGUAAAUUGAACUCAGCGAAUCUCAUCACAUUUCUGCAGCCUCCAGUCUGUGCACCGCUCUUACCCAUAUGCAUCUACGUAGUGCUUUAAAGUCAACUGCAUCUUUUGUAAUUAAUGACUCCAGAAGUCUGUGGUCCGGGGACAGCCGUUCCCGUUCGGGCUUCAAUUUCUCUCUUGUGCCGCAUUCAUAGAAAUGAUCAAUCCUGAGAGAAUGUGUAAUUAAUACAGGAAAAGGCUGUGAUGAGGGUUACUUAAAAAACUUCUAUCAAGUGACA